AUUUUGGGAAUCAACCGAACAUAUGGGCUUUAGAUUGGGCCUUGUUAGAUUAUUAUCACUCAAACUGUUCGAAAUUACUAAAUUGGGGAGGAGAGGAAACCCUAGAUUUGGUAAAAUUCAGAGAUGGCAGUGACGAUACCGGAGCUGCUUCCAAAGGAUUUGGUAGAGGAGAUACUGUGUCGCGUUCCAGCGACCUCUCUGAAACGAUUACGAUCUACUUGCAAAGCGUGGAACCGUUUAAUCAAAGAUGAUCGGAGAUUCGCAAGUAAGCAUUUCGAUAAAUCCAUAAAACAAUUGAUACCUCUAUUGUUGAGAAAUGACAACAAGAUUUUUCCGGUUAGUAUCAAUCUCCAUGGAAUUGGUAGUCCAUCUAUAGAGUUGAAAACUGAGCUGGUCGAUCCUGUUUCUAAGAACUCAUCAGCAGCUCGAUUCAAUGUAACUCGAGUCUUUCACUGCGACGGCUUGUUGUUAUGCUCCUCCCAGUUCGACGAAUCUAGAGUCUUGGUUUGGAACCCUUUGAUGGGUGAAACCAGGUGGAUCAGAACCGGUAAAUUUCGCAACGAAGGCCGCAGCUUUGGUCUCGGGUACUGCUACUACGGCAACACAUCCUGGAAUAAUAAUAAUAAGAGGUACAAAGUCUUGAGCUAUUAUCGUGGUACCAAGUAUUUUGAAAUCUACGAUUUUAGGUCUGAGUCGUGGAAGAUUCUUGAUGAUGAUAACAUGGCUCCAAGCGGGAACAUUGGAUUCCCUGAACUCUGCGUGUCUUUGAAGGGGAAUACUUAUUGGUUCGUUAGAGAUGUAACAAAAACGACUUGGAUCACAUCCUUGCUCACAUUUGAUUUUUCAAAGGAGAGAUCUGUACCUGUGCCUCUUCCUUAUCAGACUCGUCGUUUUAAGACUACUAGUCUUUCCGUUGUUAAAGAAGAGAAACUUUCUAUGUUGUUGCAGCGAGAUAGACAUUCCAAGACUGAGAUAUGGGUGUCAAAUGUGAUUGAUGAGGAGACCACCAAAGUGGUGUCUUGGAGCAAGGUCUUAGUAUUGGAUUUGAGCCCUGAUCUUCACAUUUUGUAUGAUGUACCUUUCUUGUUAGGGGAGGAGAAGAAAGUCGCCAUUUUUUGUGAGACCGCAAUUGACGUAAAGGUAGACGUGGACAUGAUCUACAUUGUUGGGGAGGAUAAUGUAGUCACUCAUCUGAAUUUGGGAGUAAAUGAAAUUGAUGAAUGUCGCCCAGCUCUUCUUAAUUAUGUUCCAAGUUUGGUUCAAAUCGAGCAAGCUGGAGGGAAACAAGAUAAGAGGUAACUAAAACACCGUCUACAUGUAAUCUCUUUCCUUUGAGUGUGUGUUUUUGCUCUUACUUUGUCUUGGUCAUGUUCUUCCGGUUUCAAGCUUUUCUAACUCAAUGAUAUAAGGUGAUACAGAAAAACAUGUACUAAGCUUUCUUUCACC